UAUACGUCUACAAAUCCCAUUUGGCCUCUCGCCAAUAAGUACAAAAUGCGUUCUUUUCUUUCCGAUUGGAACAAUCUCAGUUACAACAUCUAUGGCCAGGAGGGAGGUAUUCUGCCUCAGUCUGUCGUGGCGCGCCCUUACAAGCUGGCCUCAUUAUCAUCUGAUUUCAGUUCAAAUCUGUCCACAUUGUUGCAAAAGACCGGAGGAGAAGACAUUUCUAUUUUGGCUUCACAGAGGACAUUUGGACAUGUUCCCAUCACGCCGUUGGAGAUGGCUAUAGAUUUCUUCAUGUAUGACUUCGAAAUGGCAGGUUUGAUCACCAUGUGUCGUUUAUAA